AUGAUUUCGUACGGAGACUUAUCAUUGAGAGCUGUUAACUUUAUUUUCCUGAUUAUCGUUCUAGGAUUGAGUGGUUCUUUGGCUGCUACUACAGUGUAUCAGUCCAACCCCCAGGUCAACUUCUGUGUGUUUGCUGCUGCUUGGGCCCUUUUGACAUCUACAAUUUAUGGUGCUCUUGCAUACUUCAUUUCAUUCUUGGCUUCUCCUCUUUUCCUUGUCAUAUUUGAUUUUUUGAACUUUGUCUUCACCUUUGCUGCUGCCACUGCUUUGGCCGUUGCAAUUAGAGUUCAUUCUUGCUCUAACAGCACCUACUUGGAUAACAACAAUGUUGCUCAAGGUUCUUCAGAUAGAUGCAGAAAGUCCCAGGCUACAGUUGCAUUCUUGUACUUUUCGUUCUUUGUGUUUUUGUUCUCGCUAGUCAUGCAGUUCCUUAACCUUGGAAAGAAUGGUAUCUUUGGUUCUUCCUACUCUGGAAAAUCAGCAAGAACUGGUGUUCCAACCAUGGCUCAGGUUUAG